AUGGAUGAGCAGUCUCCUUCCCCUCAAGCCCGGCCAAAGGGAAUUGCUGGGUCAGAUGGCUCAGCCAUGCCCUUCAUCUUGGAGCAUUACAUGAUGAAUCCCACCUCAUAUGAGAUUCCACUUCGCAGUCUCUAUGCACUCAACUGCCAGACACUGCCUCUGACGGCUGGUCCCAAGAAAUUCAAAGAGUCCAACUUUGCCAACCCUCCCAUGCAAAAUUCGACCCUGCCCCUCGCUGAUGCCGCGUCCCAGUUCAAAGCACAGCUGAUCUCACACAUUUCCAAGGGUCCCCACCAAUACAGUCUCCCUGUGGGAUUCACAAUGUCUUUUGUGCGCCGUGUCUUUGCUGACAACCUGGAGUACGUCGACUUCCCACAGGCACUAACCGCCUUGGACUACUUGAAAAACCUCGAGUCUCGCCGCAAGAAGGAAAUUAUAGCAGCUUUCGAGAGCUUGCGCGUGGAAUGGAGCAUCUCCCCCUCACAGACAAUUCGAGUGUCUGAAGUUCACAAACAAGACCUGCGCGAGAAAUACCCUGGCGUCGUGCGCUGGAUUGAAAUGAUCGAAUCAAAGGAGCGUGAGGCUGUUUCUAUCUACAUCAAGAUGUGCCUAAGCCUGCGUCGUUGGACUCUGAUCAACGAGCUGUGGCUGGAGCCAUUUAACAAAGUUGCCUGCAUGUCUAUGUUGAACACCCUGUUUGCUUUUCAAGUGGAUGAUUCCAAAGUUCCCAAGCCAGAGUGGGACUAUGAGGACAAAGUUGAGACUGCACGUCAGCGUCAGUACUUCUUUGAAUACAUUAGAAAUCUCGAAAGAAAUGGCAAGGUGGCCCUUGAGAGUCUCUUGAAGUCUGGAGCUCGUCCCGGGGAUGAGACUGCAUGGCCUAUGGUGCGCGGAUUUCUGGAUAAAUACCUUAACCUUGCCAAUGACACGAUUCACGAAUGUAGUCGAGUUGAUCGCGACUACAUUGAGGCUGAAUUUCGCAGCAAGACUCACAAGCGCAGUGCCGACUCCGGAGUGAGUUUCACCUCUGCAAACGAGUCCUUUUCUUCUGCCAACACCCGUGCCGCAACCCCAUCGGAGAAAUCCCGGUCCCCAACCCCAGAUAGCAAGCCGAGUAAAUCGACUCUCGAAAGGAUUAGCCACCAGCUUCGAAAGAUCCGUUCCCGUCCAGAUAUCAAGGAUACAGCAAAGACCAAGCCUGCGUUGUCUAAGAAGAAAUCCUUGACCGCUCUGGUUAGCGGAAGAUCAGCCAGCAGCUCUAGCAGCGAGACGAACUUUGACGUGGAUGAAAUGAAGCGCCAGAAGAUGAUUUGGGAAGCCAAGGAGAGAAAGAAGGCGCUCCAAGCUCAAGCCGAAGCUGCUCGAGCUACUGAAGACGGAAAGCAAACUGCGCAGGUGGGCUACGCGGUGUGA